UUUUUAGAUUUUCAGCGGUAUAUCUAUGUGAUAGAUAUAGAUAGGUAUGUCUGUGUAUUGGUAUGAAUUUAGAAAUAGUCUUUGAGUUGGGCAACCCAGAUGUGUUUGCGGUCAUGAAUCAGUUUUUCCCUUUUAUGAGAAGAAUGAGUGACUCAGAAAGACGGAGUUUAUCAGUUUACCUUGAGUUUGUAAAUAUAUUUAGCUUUCGAGUGUUAACGCAUCAUUUGCAAAUUUUUAAUUUUCCAUAAUUUGAAAAAGACUCCUUACGCCUCAAAUGACCCGAUAGCACAAUUCAGUAUAAAAUACAUUAAAUCAAUACAUUUCAUUCUAAGAUUAAAGAUACCACACAUAUUAAAACUGUUAAGAUUCCAAUACUCGAAAUAGUUGCGUGGUCACUGUGAAUCACAAUCAGCUGGAACCACAGCUGAUAGCGUGACAUCUCGAGAACCAUCCCGCGUAAAUAACCGGAGUCCCUCACGAGCUCUUAGUUGAUCUGAGACCGAGUGACGAAGCGGUUCGAAGCCAUGAAGCUGAACGUCGCGAUUUUAAUUUUAUGCGCGUUGUGCCUCAUCGAGGAAACUCGUUCCUCGAAAAUCUUGGUGAUGGUUCCAAUACCGUCCUACAGUCAUCAGGUCACGUUCAGAAAAUUAGUGACACAACUACACAAACAUGGACACGAAGUUGUUUUCGCUACGGCAAAUCCUCUGCCCAUAAACUCAACGAGACUCACUCAGAUAGACAUAAGCAGCGGUUAUGGCAUCAUGCAAGCUAACGAGUUCAUGAAGUAUCGAUUCGAAGGAAAUUACGGGUUGAAGUUCAUGAUGGAUUCUUUGCCCGACAUGACAGAUUCUUUGACGGAACAGUUCUUGAAUAAUACGGAGUUGAGAAAAUUAUACGCGCCCGAUAGUGGUGCUAAGUUUGAUGUGGUUCUGACUGAAUUUUUGUUUAUGCCGGCUACCUAUGUCAUGGCGUAUAGGUUCGACGCUCCACUUAUAGGUAUAAGUUCAUUAGGAAUCCCUUCCCACCUCGAACACGUUCUGGGUGGAUUCAUGCUGCCUUCUCACGAGUACAUGUGGGAGAUGACCGAUAAUGGUCCAAACUUACCAUUCUGGAAAAGGCUAUGGAAUUACGUGUCCCUGUGGCGGUACACUCACAAAAUACUCAACGAAUGUUAUACCCGUCAGCAUGCAAUUGCAGAACGUUACUUCGGGAUGCGUCUGCCACCGCUAAUUGACAUCGUCAAGAACGUUAGCCUUAUCUUUGUUAAUCAAGCAGACGCUCUGACGCCGGCUCGACCGAAAUUGCCAAACAUGAUCACCUUUACAUCGUUCCACGUGAAAGAAAAACCUGAUCCCCUGCCGAAGGACCUGCAGCGUUUCCUGGAUGGAGCAAAGGAGGGAUUCAUCUACUUCAGUCUUGGUAGCAACGCGAGAAGCUCGGACAUGCCGAUGGAGAUUCAACAGAUGUUCUUCGACGUGUUUGCGAAAUUACCAUACAGAAUCGUUUGGAAGUACGAGAAAGAGAUUCCGGUGAAACUUGACAAUGUGUACGUUGGAAAAUGGCUACCUCAGCAGAGUAUACUCGCUCACCCCAACAUCAAGCUGUUCAUAUACCAGGCAGGACUGCAGAGUACCGAAGAGGCCAUUCACUUUGGGGUUCCACUCGUAGCCAUUCCUAUUCUUGGUGAUCAGGACUAUCAGGCUAAAAGAAUGGAUGCCCUUGGAGUUGGCAAAUACUUGGAAAUUCUGACGAUCACGAAGGAUCAGAUAGACAGUACUAUUAGGGAGGUUAUAACCAAUAAGCAAUACAAAGAAAAGAUGCUUCACCUUCGAGAACUGGUUAACGACAACCCAUACGAUUUGGUGGACAAUCUCGUUUGGUGGACCGAGUUCGUGAUUCGACACAAGGGUGCACCUCACCUUCGUUCAACUUUAAUUAAUCAACCCUGGUACCAACGUUACGACAUAGACAUAGUAGCAUUCUUAGCAAUCAUCGCGUUCGUGGUAGUAUCCAUAUUAGUGAACAUACUCGCCAGGAUACUCGUGCACGUUUUCAAAUAUCUUUCAAGCUCUGUGGGGCAAAAGCAAAAGAUAAUAUUACGUCUCGAAGUUCAUAUAUCAGCAGUCCGUUCUGUAGUUUUAAAAGCUUACGCACCGCAAAUCCCAGCAGUCCGAGUCGAAGCCAUGAAGCUGAACGUCGCGAGCGUGCUGUUCGUCCUAUGCGCCUUGUGCGCCAUCGAAAAAACUCGUAGUGCAAAGAUUUUAGCGUUGGUCCCGGUUCCAUCCUUCAGUCAUCAGGUCCCGUUUAGAAAGUUAAUGUUAGAACUGCAGAAACGAGGCCACGAAGUCGUGUAUGCUACGACCCAUCCCAUUCCCAACGUCAACUUAAAGAACUUUACUCAAAUCGACUUAAGCAGUAUCAAUGCUGAUUUUAAAACCGUCAACUUCAUGCAGUUCCGAUUCGACGGAUUGACUUGGAUAGAAGUAUUGGAAAAACGAAUACUUAGUGCAUGUGAAAGCUUCAUGGAGAACGUGUUCAACAACUCGGAAAUGAAACGACUGUAUGCAGCCGAUAGCGACGCUAAGUUCGACGUGGUUCUAGCGGAAUUUUCUUAUGUACCGUCCAUAUAUUCGAUGGCACACAGAUUCGACGCUCCGCUAAUAGGUUUAAGUUCGUUGGGGCUUUUGAACAUGUACGAGUACGCCCUUGGCGGAUUCGUACUGCCCUCGAACGAGUACACUUGGGAAAUGGGAGCGAGGCCGGGUUCGAAUUUACCGUUUUGGCAGAGGGUGCAGAAUUACAUUGUGAUGUGGCGAACACUGUACAAAAUAUUUAAUGAGUGGGUUCCACGUCAUCAAAAAAUGGCCGAGCAUUACCUUGGGACGAAAUUACCUCCGCUGAUUGACAUUGUGAAGAAUACUAGCCUCGUGUUUGUCAACGAGCCGGAGCCCUUCAUACCGGCUCGCCCAAAACUACCGAACAUAAUCUCCUUCACGUCUCUCCACGUUGAUGAAAAUCCUCCACCUGCACCUAAAGAUCUGCAACGUUUCAUGGACGAGGCCAAACAAGGAUUCGUCUAUAUGAGCUUCGGCGGUAACGCCAGAAGCGCGGACAUGCCAAUGGAUAUUCAACAGAUGUUCUUUGACGUGUUCUCAAAAUUACCCUACAGAAUCAUUUGGAAAUACGAAGAAGACUUUCCGGUAAAACUAGACAACGUGUACGCCGCAAAGUGGUUACCUCAGCAGAGUAUUCUUGCUCAUCCCAACAUCAAGCUGUUCAUAUACCAGGGCGGAUUGCAAAGUACGGAAGAGGCUAUUAGUAAGACUGUUCCGGUCAUGGGCUUUCCGGUAUUAUCUGACCAAGAUUAUAUGACAUUCAGAGUGAAUGCUUUAGGAAUUGGGAAGUGGCUGACAAUCACCACUCUCACGAGGGAACAGUUAGAUAAUACUAUUAAAGAAGUUAUAACCAACAAGGAGUACAAGCAGAGAAUAACGCAUCUUCGGGACCUGAUUAGAGACACUGCGUACAAUGAACUCGAUCGCCUCGUUUGGUGGACAGAGUACGUGAUCCGACACAAGGGGGCUCCUCAUCUUCGUUCAACUUUAGCUAAUCAACCAUGGUGCCAACGUUACGACAUAGAUGUCGUUAUGUUCUUAGCAAUCGUCGCGUUCUCGGUGGCAUUGCUAUCGUUGAUCAUAGUCGUCAAACUUGUUAUCUGCUUGCGAAGACGAGUGUCGAGUACUGCUAGUCAGAAGAAAAAGAGAAAUUGAUGAUGUAGCUUUAGACGUGUCAUGAUCAUGUUUUGUAAUCCGACAUGUCAGAAGUAUUAUGGUAAGGUGUAAAAAAACUUGCAGUUAUAGACGGUGUUAAUUACUGGUCCUCGUUAUGUGGAUGAUUUAUGCGAGUUGCAAAGUAUGCGCUAAACUGGUGACACAAGGAACAAUGCGAUUACACGUGAAUGGUCGAGAAAGUUAAUUAUGAAGCUCGUUAGGAAAAGAGCAAAUCAUAGUAGAAAUUGUUAUGAGAUUAAUAAAAAUAUUAUUAACGUUCUUAA